CGUCCAGUACGGAGGCAUGACGUAGGGAACUGGCGGGGGGCGGGGCCUGUGGGACGCGUCCGUCGGCACCGGAUCACCGACAGAUCGGUCCGUCCGUCUGUCUUUCAUUCAUCACUCGUGGCGACAUCACUGCGGACACCGCUCCGUCUCCGUCUCUCCUCAGCGACGCCAAGGACACCGCGCACACACCAUCCGCGGCUGGGCUGCGUGGGAAAAAUGACACGGAGCAACACAGUGCUCUGCUUAUGUGUUUGGCUCGGCAUGGAUCCUACGGGUAUGAAGCACGCAGCAUGGAGCCAAGGAUCUACCCAGGGAGACAUGAAUGAUUAUGGUGUCCAUGUUCUCAUCACUUGGUCAACAGGAUAAUCUACUGACAUCAUGGUGUGUUCCUUUAUUUCAAGAUGAAGAUCGAUACCAGCCUGACUAUGCCCCAGCUGCCAGAGGCCCUGUCCCAGACAGGCCUUCAGUUCACGGUGGCCACAGAGGAGGACUUCGAUGAGAUUAUGGCUAUGAGCCAAGACAUCUAUGGAGGCCUUGACUACUUGCCCACUAGAUACAGCAGCUGGCUGCAGGAGACCAACCGCAUGGUCAUAUUGGCUCGCAAACAAGGAAAAGUGAUUGCCCUGGAAUCCGUGUGUGUGAUUGACAACGGGGAAACAAUGCUGGUGGAAGGCCUGCGCGUUGCCCCCCAGGAAAGAGGCAAGGGCGUGGCAGGUGUGCUGCUGCGCUUCUGCUCCGAACUCGUCAAAUCUAGGUACACAGAUGUCAAGGUAUGCCGCCUGACCCGUGACGACCAGCUUGGACCCAAGGACUUCCAGAAGUAUCGCAUUAUAACCAAGCAGGGAAUCCUGCUGGUACGCUUCAGCGCGGAAGACCUAAAGCUGCGUCUGUGUGAGCUUGGCCUGGGUGGAGACUUCCAAUCUUCCAUGUCCACCUCCUCCACUAAUUCUCUGCCAGUCCGCCUUGACCAAAUAGCUAUCCACCGUCUUUAUCUGGCUACUGACCUGAUGCGGAGUGUCCUUCCUAAUUCCACCAUCAUUCAAGACUGGCAGCCUUUCAAGCCUGUCCCCAGCAACAUGGCCAUCCUGAUGAAGAAGGACAUUGACUGGAUGGUGGAUGACGUGUCCAACCCUAUUGUGGCCAGUCUCUGUACCUUCCCUUUCAGGGUGCCCAUCGGAGACGACUGGUAUUACUUAAACAUUGACAUGUUUGGUAAAAAUCUGGACCUGGCCCGGCAGCAGUUCUUGUGCCACCUGCAGAAGCACACCGCCACCCUGCAGGGCCACGUGAUGUGCCAGAUCUUCCUGGACCCGCCUCUCUGGAAGCCCAUGGCUGAGUUCUGCCUCAACACGUUGAACGUGGAGCUGGUGAAGGAGUACACCGAGCAAUGCGUGGUGGAGUCAGACAUGGUGUAGUGAGACGAGGUGAAUGAAAGGUGGAUGAAGGCGCCACGAAACACAAAUGACUGGCCACAAUUCAAUUACAUUUAGAAGAAAUACAUUCAUCUCUCAACCGCUGAGAUAGAAACCGAGCAAAUAAAAAUCAUUAAACACGUGUAAUCAAUUGCAAUUGAGCUCUGAAAAAUGCUACAGUUGUAAACUAAAUAUGUUGAUAUAAGUAUUAAGUCAUGGAUCAGCUCAGUGUUCAUUUUAGUUGAUUAUACAACAAAAACUUCCUGUGUCUCAGUUAAGUUUAUUUGUUUUUUCUCGCAUUUAUGCAGUUGGUCAGAGAUACAAAUCUGUUUUCGUUGAACUGCAUGAAAGUCAAUGUUAACAACAAAGUUAUAAACCAUGACGUGACUGCAGCAGUCCUACAAAAAGAGCUGAGUGGCCAUUUUAUUCCUAUGGCCCAAUUUAAGCUUAUUGCAAUGAUUACAGGUGUUUGUGAUUUUACAUUUAACUUGUCUCUCAUGACACUGAAAGGUCAAAUAAGAGUUUUUUUCACAGCAAGCAGUGACAAAAGCUCCUAUUUGAAACCAUAAAACAGUAAACAUGCUAAUAUUAGACUUCAUAGACAAUAGCUACUCUUCAUACCCUCAUCUUAAACCUGUCAUCUGUGUUCUUUCUGUAAAUAUCAAACGCUAAGCAAAAUCAACAUGCAAGUUGAGUUGGAUUACAAAAUCUGCACAGCUCUGAAGGCACUUUAAUAAAACUUCACCAACAAGUUGUUUCUAAGUUAGAUUGAAAAGGGUGCAGCUAUAAAUUAGGUGCUUUCAAUUACUUUAGAAAAGCAAAAUUCAGCAGAAACAAAAAAUGUUAGUGAAAUGACCAUGCUCUGACAUACAUUUGAGCCUUCCUUAUGCUUACAGCUUAGCAUUUCUAUAUUUGUACAUAUUUAUAUUCAGACCCCUUCACUUCUGGGUAAAUUGUAAAAGCAAAAACACUUUUCACCGCAGCUCUGGGACCAAAAUAUCAAAAGCCAAGGCCAGCAGAAUAAUCACUUCUUUGUUUAGCUUUCUAAAACACAGUAAAAUAUACACACGCUACACGAUUCUAAACAUAAGACAUUAAAGUGAAUUUAAAGCCUCCACACAGUAAAUAAUGUUUUGAUGUGUUGUAGAUUUCUUUUAAAUGGAUAAAAUAGCAAUCUUAUCCGUCCAAGAUGAAAUCGGCACAAUAAAAUACAUUCAAUAAACUAUCUAGAAAGUGAAGGGGUAUGAAUAAUUUCUUAGCAACUACAUACGCUAUCUUGCAAUUUUAACUGUUUUACAUAAACGCUACAAAAUAAUAAUUUAUUAAGAUGACCUAGGCUUACUUUUGUAGUUUUUAGCGUAAUGCUAAGCCAUGUUAACAGAUUGCUGUGCAGCUUACUACUGGCUUCAGCUCAUGCAGGGAGACGCAGAAAUAAGGUAAUUUUGCUAGAUUAAAAUGACUUUUGUGUGUUUUAACUAUCCCUGAUAUUAGCUGGCAAAUUCCUGUUAAUAACCGUAUUUCCUCUGCGACUCUACGACGCCAGAGAAGGUUGAGCCAUGUCAAAUGAAAUUAGUUUCCAGAUCUCUGUCUAGAUCUGGAUUCUGCAUGACUGACGUUUAUCCAUUAACUUGAAUUGGGCACUUAAAGUUCUAGACCGCAACUUAACACAUAAAUAUUGAUUCAUCUACUGGCAUCCUGAAUUGUCAUGAAAUUUGGUACGUUCAUGGUCGCUGUAGGAUAAACCAUCUUGGUCCCCUCACUUUUCUUAGGGCCACUGAUCAGUUCUGUCUAGAUGGGUUCUAUGCAUCUAGAGAAGUUACAUGUAUACUGUAGGCAGAACCACACCAAGCUGAUGUCAGAGACCUAGAAGUGACUGGCUGACAAAUGGCCUGGGCCAAAAAUAGUUGCACUUGAAUACAAUGCAAAGAUUAGCAGCUAGACAGCUAGCCUAUGGAAUCCAGUUUGUGCCAGUGGCCAGAGACCCCCCACCGUAAGUAGUCCACCAGACCAGCAACUGCAGUUUGGUGCAUCAUGGCCUCUUAUAUAGAAACACAGAGGAUGCACAUUCACGCUGCUCUCAGCAUAUAUAGCAACAAUCAUUCUAUAUAAUAAGCAUCAAUUUGGUAACUGUCAAAAUGAGCAUGUUGCCGUGACGACAUACAGCCUCACAGGACGCUGGUGGUGCUACACAGAUGUUUUUUUGUUCUGUAGUGAGGAAGUUUCGCUUGUGAAGGUUUUUUUUACAUUAAAGAUAUUUCAGUGCAGCUAUUGAUAUGAAAUAAGGACCAGACAGUGGUGUUUGUGAAGAUUCCCUGUCCUGGUCAUUGUUAUCUAAAACCUGCUGUUCAGUGACACUGGACAUUAGGAUCUUAAAGAUGUUCCACCUUCCACCCAGUUCUGACCGGCUGGGAGGGCUAGAAAGUUACCAUCAAGUGUUUAACGAUUUAAUGCCUCCCUCGAGUUCGUGGCUGCCUCAGCCACUCGGUCAGUCCAGUCCUGUUGCCACUUAAAUGCACCGUGUGGAGAACCACUAAUGAAGUCAGAGGAACAUUCCAAUUAAAAGUGCAUUCAGUUGGAAUGAUGACAAAGGAGAAGAGAGAGAAGUAUUGAGCAUGAAGAAUAAAUAGUGAUCCAGGUGAUUCUGUAGCUGUAGUAGCUGAAUAAUAUUUGCUAAAUAGAAUCAUCUGGGAUGGUGCAUUUCAAACGUUUGCGCUAAAGCUGUUUGCUUCGUUUUAGAUGGAGGUUUCGUCAGGAGAAGUUUAGCGUUUAAACAGUGUUCUAAACCUUUACCAAUACUAGAGCUACUGAUGCCUUUUGCUUCUGAAAAUUCAUCAUUAAGCACAUGAAUUGAAUUCAUACCUGUAUUCAAUAGAAAACAGAGGUAAAUAUAUGAACACGCAAUGUAUGAUGUCGUUUUAACGGAAGGACGGUCGGGUAAAUUAAAAGAUUAACCUAAGAGAAUGUGUAAAUACGAUGUUUUACCAGUGAAAUAAUGAAUCAUUAACAAACCCAGUAGUUCCAGCAUAUGAAGCUAAAACUAGUAACUGUGUUUAUGACACAGUCCAUACACUGGGCAUAGCACCAUCAGCAUGUUUACUUGAAGUGAAUUUAACAAUACGUUUUUUAAUCUUAAAAUCAUUUAAUUGGCUUUACCGUUCUCAGUCUUAUAAUUUAGGUGAGUAAUGCUCAGCUGUGAAGUCUUGUGUUACUAGAUUUCCAGAGCUUUGAUGCCUGUGUUUACUACGCAAACUGUUUAGAAGCUGUAGAGCAUUCAUUCACUGGACACGGAAGCUUUGUGUGUCUAAAGAGAAGAAAAGUGCCAAAUUUCAUGACUGCUAAACCUCUAUGUGUAUCAAUUGUCAUGCACACAUUUAUAAAAAGUAAAACAGCAAAUUUCUAGACGAUGAAAUCCUUAAUUAAGCUUUAGUUACACAUUUGCCUAUGAGUUAAAUAUUGUUUGAUAUUAUCCCUCUACAGCAGCCCCCAAAGCAGCCAGAUCCACCAGUAGAUUCAUGGGACACUCAGUUGACUUUAAGUUUUUGUUUUUUUUAUUUAUAGCACUUUGUGUGGAAAAUGUGAUGAUUGUAUACUUUGUAUACAAGUGAAUAAAAUGCUAAGGCAUUGUGCUGCAAUCCCUAUAAGUAUUAUAGGGUUAAGUAUUAUAUUAUUGUAUAUGUUAAAAUUACUGUACAAGCCAUUGAGUUAGUGGGUAAAGCAGCAUGCACUUUACUUGUUUUGGGCAAUAACGAUGAGCUACGAUCUCCUGGAAAGUACAAACCCUGUUUCCAAAAAGGGCUGAGGCUUUGACCAAGAUGGAAAUAAAAGCCUGUAAUUCAUUAAGUUACUUUAAUCUUUAUUUAUGCCAUGAAAGCACUGAAGUUAUACGACAUUUAUUACAAACUGUUAACACCUAUAUAGUCAGUUAGCUUAUAUUUUGCGAAUAUGAGCUCAUUUACUGUCACGUUGGGAGCUGGAAAUGUUUCCUGUGUUCCAUUUGUCACCAAAAUAAAAGUUUGAAGCGUAUAAUAUAAAAGUACAUAUGUCAGUUUUUGCUCCAUUUGAUAAAACGCUCUCUUCUGGAAACGGGGUUUGUAGCAUCAUCAGUGAACAACAAAUAUUCUGGUUGCACAUCUUGAUGUCCAGAAACAAUCAUGUGAGAUAAACCUUUCUCUGUCAGUUUGAUGUAAAGUGUAACCAUUUCACGAAAUGCAUAUAUAGACUUUUGUACAUCUCUAUACAGCAGUGCUGAAGAUAACACUAUAUUUUAUUGUCAGAACAAACCAACAACAGGAAGACGUUGAAAUGGCUGUGGCUUGGGCAACUUAAGUCGAGAGACAUGAUGUAACUAAAUCUGUUUAGUACACUACUUACUUGUUAUUGUAUGUGUUGUAUUCCUUUUUGUGAGACUUUGUAUUUUUACAUCUCAGAGAGAACCUUUGUCCUUUUUACUCCACUAUGUGAACCUGACAGCAGUUAACUUCAAAGACUAACAUUGUACAUGCAAACUAUUAAUAGAUCACGCUGCUUGAGUUUAAACUAGCAAUGUGCUGAUAGACAUGUAUAAAGACCGUUUUAAUUUAACAUUUACUCAGUAACAACAACUUUUAUCUCUGUAUAUUAAACCUUGUGCUUAAUUUGUAGUGAUUGCUUUUUCAUGGCUUGAUUAUUACCUUUGGCCUCCUGAAGGAGGAAGAGGAACAAACCUUUAUCAUGUGUUGUACAUCAAGUAAAGAGAAGUAAUGAA